ACAAGGAGAAAAUUAAAUGAAAUCAGCUGUCUGUCACUUAAUUUUGAUAAAACAAAAAAGAUUUAUUGUGAAAUUAAGUUAAUCAUGGCUUUCAUUUUACAAAAAGCCAUUAGAUCAAAAUAGUAGAAUUUUAAUUUAAUCGUCGGUCACCCCUGCGUGCAGCUGGCUACAUUCUGCUGUCUCCAAUUUCAGCAAAACAGCAAGCAUGUGGGUGCCGAAUCUGCCGGUGGUGAUGAUCUCCACCGUGGCGGCCACUGCCGGAGGCAUCUGUUUGUUCAAAGACUUCUACGGCGGGCAGCCGUAUGACCGCAACGCGAGAGCGGACGGCAAGGUGGUCAUCAUCACCGGAGCUAACUCUGGUAUCGGCAAGGCAGCUGCCUGGGACUUCGCUAAGAGAGGCGCUAAGGUGUUCAUGGCCUGCCGUAACAUGGAGAAGUGCGAGGAGGUGCGUCGCGACCUGGUGCUGGAGACGCACAACAAGUACGUGUACUGCAGACCCUGCGACCUCGCCAGCACUGAGUCCAUCAGGAAGUUUGUUGAGAGGUUCAAGUCAGAAGAGCCCUAUCUAGACGUGCUAGUAAAUAAUGCGGGUGUGAUGGAGCCUCCCGCCAGCGUCACCAAGGACGGCUUCGAGACGCAGCUCGGUGUCAACCAUUUGGGACACUUCCUGCUUACCAACUUACUGCUGGAUACACUAAAGGCGUCAGCCCCAAGCCGCGUGGUGAUAGUCUCAGGCAGCGCCCACUACGGCGGUAAGAUCAACAAGGAAGACCUGAACUUCAGCAAGAAGUACGACGCUCACGCUGCGUACGCGCAGAGCAAGCUCGCUACUAUGCUGUUCGCUACUGAAUUGGGGAGGAAGACGUUAGGUACGGGAGUAUCAGUGAUCGCAGUAGACCCGAGCCUGACAGACACAGAUAUCACUCGGCACAUGUCUAUGAUGAAGAGCGUCUCGCGUUUCUUCGUCUACCCUCUAUUCUGGCCUUUUAUGAAGACCCCCAAUAUCGGGGGACAGGUCAUCCUCCAUGCGGCUCUAGAUCCUGCCCUGCAGGGCUCCUCGGGAGACUAUUAUGUUGACAUGAAGAAGAAAGAACCAUCAAAGUUAGCUCAGGACUUCGAGCUGGCGGGCUGGAUGUGGAAGGUCAGCGAGAAAUGGACCAAACUGGACGAGCAUAAAGCUGCCCUCGCGAAAGCUACUGCCGCGUGAUAUACACAGCUCAAAUAGAAGAAUUUUAACAAUAUUGACGUGAGAUUUGGCCUUCCAUUAGCAUGGGCUAAUAUUGCAUAAGCUAUACUUAAUUACAGACCAUAAAUUUAACUUCAAAAGUUAGUUUACUUUUUAUACAGAACAGUCCAGUGAACAAGCAAUAUGUAAUUUGUGCAUUUAAGAAAGUCUUUUCAUUUGUGAAAUAAGACAGAAAUGGUGCAUUUUUUAAUAUAGCAAGACUACUAUCGGUAUUGCCAGACUAAAGAGCAUACAUGAAUUUUCUUUUUACAUUUUUUUGUUGAGUGAAUGAAACAAUGUGUGUCUAAGCAUUUAUAGUGUUAUUUAGUGCAUAGAUUUAUUGUUAAUAAAAUGUAGAAUUUA